UUCACGUCACGUCAUGUAGUUCCUGUACCACGUGACCAGCCGUGACGUAUGAGGUCAGCUGAUCUCUGCUACAAGCAAAGAGAAGGCAAAAAGAUGGCGCUGACUGGCUGUCCGAGGUUGAAGGCUCUGUCCUCUGUGGUGUUCUUCCUCCUUUUCCUCGCCACAGGUGUCCAUGGUGACAGCAUGACAGUGCUGCAGGCUCCUGAAUUUGUGUCCUUCCAGAAAGGAGAGUGGCCUGUCUCUGGGGAGAAGAUCCCAGACCUGGUGGCUCUCACAAUGGGCUUCUCUGUUCAAGAGGAACUGUCUUGGCCCGGUCUCCAAGCUGGUCCUUUGUUCCAGCGUCCCCGUGCUAAUGUUCUGGUGGUGGUCCGAGGCGCUGACAAGCUCAACUUCCCUCAGAGUGUGGCCUCCUAUCCGCUAGAGAAUCCAGUGCCCUUCACGAUGGACAGCGUCGCCGAAACAGUGCACUCCCUGUUCGCUGAGGACACGCCUGUAGUGCUGCAGCUCGCCCCAAGUGAAGAGAGGCUGUACAUGCUGGGCAAAGCCAACGCUGUGUUUGAGGACCUACCAGUGACUUUACAGCAGAUCCGAGGCCGUCUGUCCCAGGAGGGCUCUGUGCUGGCUUCCCUGCCCCUCAGCUCCCUCAGCAGAAAUGCAGAGGCGGAUUUGCUCUUCUUGUCCGAGAUCCAAGUUCUGCAUGAUAUCACAGCUCUGCUGCAGAGACACAAGCAUUUGGCCAAGGACCACUCCCCAGACCUGUACUCCUUAGAGCUGUCUGGCUUAGAGGAGCUGAGCCGCGCCUACGGACAGGAUUCGCCACAGUACCGUGAUGCCAUUGCUAUUCUCGCCUCUGUCUUGCAAAAGUUUGGAGAGGAUGUAUACGGUCUUUAUGGCAACAGUGCUGUUGUGGAGGUGGUGACCGUGAAGAACUUUGAGGCUCCCUUGACCAGGAAGUCCCGCUCCAUUUUGGAGUCCAAACAGAUUAGCAACCCGGGAAGCCCUUACAACCUGGCCUAUAAGUACAACUUCCACUACGCCGUGGUCUUCAACAUUGUGCUGUGGCUAAUGAUCGCGCUGGCUCUCGCCGUCAUUGCUGUCGGCUACAACCUGUGGAACAUGGACCCAGGCUACGACAGUAUCAUCUACAGGAUGACUAACCAGAAGAUCAGGAUGGACUAAAAACAAAAACAAAAAAAAAACUUGACCUCCUGCACUCCGUUAGUCGCUUAUGUUUGUUUGGUGUGAUGUGAUGUUUAGUCAAUACCUUGAAGCUGUAUGAAACUGCGAUUGGUUUGUGCUGCUGUGGUCAUUGAAAAUGUUUAAAUUACACAUUUCAUUCCUACCAAGUAAACCUUCUCACUGUUUUGAAUAAGUGUGAAAUAGUGUAAGUCUGUUUUAAGUUAAGUAAAAUAUUUGUGUAUAUAUUGAAAAUAUGACUGUAAGACAAACUGCUGUGCUCAUUGUGAAAAGAUUAUUGUAAAAAGAUGUGUUUUGUGUUUAUUCCUGCAAAUAGUCACCCUGCUGUCAACAUAUUCAGUUAAAUAAGUUGUUGGGUGAUAAUCAUUAAAAUACAUGAAGUGAGCUAUAAAUGGCAAAGCAAAUUAUGGGUCAUGCUCAUUGAUGUCUGUUUUUAGAAACAUGAAUUAUUCAGUGCUAAAUAAGGAUGCAUGAUUUAUAUAUACGUUUAUAGAAAGUUAAUACUUGUGGCAUCCUUUCAAACCUAGCCAGUACCUCUGAGAGUAAUUUAGCUUAUGUUUCUUAUGUUCUUAUUGUUUUUCUUGUGUUUUCUUUCUUUUCUUGGGAGAAUGAACAGAAUAAGAAUUUCAUUGCAUAGAAUAACUGCCUGUUUUACUAUGCAUAUGACAAUAAAACUCUUGAAUCUUAUCUAUAUACUACGUCAUAAGGUUUGACUGUAGUCGAAUCGUUUCAGUCUAAUCGCGUCAAAGCCCUGUUACGUAAAAAGCAAUAUUUAAAACGCAACGCGGUUUAUGAAGGAGUGUCUGGUUCUUCGCAAUUUUUUUCUGGUUGGCGCUGUCACAUGAUCACGUUGCGUAAACCCUCAGCCAAUCUGAGAGCAGAUGCUACCUUAAGCCCCGCCUCUCCUGCUGUUUGGGCACAUCACUGGUUAGUUUUUGGUAAACACUUCCGGAAAGAGCGAAGACUAAGACUGUAUAUGCUUUUAAAGAGCGCUAUUUAUAAGGAGCAGAUAUGGUUUGACUCAUUAUAAAAGCAAGCAUCUACGUGGUCAGGAAGAUCCGGGCGGCCAUUGCAGAUGAGCCUCAACUGGAAAAGCCGAUUGUAACGCCAUGUAGUGCGAAUGCUGAAAGGAGAGCAGAGCGAGCGCUGAAAGGUCCACCACCGACCACCUUAAUGAGUUCUGAAGUCGAUGAAGACGUCGGGGCAGCAGGCUCCGGGACGUCUUCAGCUGUGCAGAAGUGUGGCUCCUGAUUGUAAAAAAAAAAAAAAAAAGAUAACUUGGUUAUUAAAUUAUAUAAAAAUAUCAAUUGACAAUCCAAAAAUUACAACAUGAUUACAAAUCAGGCUUAAUAUUAAUAUUGUAGGACCAUGAAAGCCAUAAUGUUUUAUAUUGUUGAAUGACCAUGCUGUGCACCUGCUAACAAAAAGCCUCCAUUGUAUGCUGCAGUGUUUGAAGACUGACUCACCAACCUCUCCCACAGAAGCUGAGCAUGUCUGAUGUUUUUUGCAGUUAUAUCAAUGAAAUAUCAAUACCAAUAAACUGUUCAAUUCAUA